GCGGACGCCGGCCCACAGUGCCCCGCGGCGCCCGCGCUCGGGGGCGGUUCCCUCCAGCAGCGCUGCGCGGCGGCGGCGGCGGCGGCGGCGGCAGCGGAGGCGGCAGCGGGCAGCCUCUGGCAGCCCUGAGCCGGCUGGCCGGUCCCCGGCAGCAGGGAAAGAAUGGCGCUGAAGCGGAUCCAGAAGGAAUUAACAGACCUGCAGAGGGACCCUCCAGCCCAGUGCUCCGCCGGACCUGUGGGAGACGAUUGGUUCUACUGGCAGGCCACCAUCACCGGCCCGAACGAAAGCCCUUACCAAGGAGGCGUUUUCUUCCUGAACAUCCACUUUCCCACAGAUUACCCCUUCAAACCCCCUAAGGUUGCUUUCACCACCAAAAUCUACCACCCCAACGUCAGCAGCAACGGCAGCAUCUGCCUCGAUGUCCUGCAGUCCUUGUGGUCUCCAUCACUGACGGUGUCCAAAGUGCUCUUGUCCAUCUGUGCCCUGCUCAGCGACCCCAACCCUGACGACCCUCUGAUGCCAGAGAUCGCCCACACCUACAAGGCCAACAGAGAGAAAUACAACAGACUAGCGAGAGAGUGGACACAGAAAUAUGCUAUGUGAGUGCCUUGGAGGUUUCGCAGCAAAGAGGCCCUUCCGUGAGACAGAGCUCCUGGCCGAGCCACCCCCAGAGCACCCUCUCUUGUACAACCGCCGGCCGCACUUUCUCCAGCCGCAGCCCACUGCAGCCAUUCUCAGCUGUUGUGGCUUUGACAACCUCACAUCUUUGAUGCCAACUUAGUGGUCACUUUAUGAUCUGCAGCCUUCCCGGCCACACUGGAAUUGGUCCCUGCACCCCGACUCACAGCUGGUCUCAUGGGGGGACAAUGUGCCGUGCACCUCCCCUGCCCGACCUUGGGUGGCACCCCCCUCCAUGGCACCACCUGGGCCUCCGCCUCGCCCUCACCUCUGGGUCUCAGUGCCAGCCUGGGUGCCCCAGGCAGAGCGAGCACCGUCUGCUGCAGACCUUGUCUCGGGAGGUCUCCACUCAUCCCAGGAGUCAGCAGCACUGUCCCUGGGACAGUGUCCCUCUGUAGUGCUGGCACCCCCCCACCACCGGGCAGCAACAGCACACGGAACGUCGGGCCAGCGAGCACAGAACACCCCGGGAGAGGUGGCUGUCUUUUCAGGGUCCAGACCUGCAGACUGCGGUCCGCUUUUCCACAGAAAAGCAGAGGGUUUCCAGUACCCGCCACCCCUCGGGGCCAGUGCUCAGCUCAGCGUGAGACGCCCACAGACCCGAGCACAGGGGCAGGGAGAGACUUCGGAAUGCGAAUAAAGAUGUGAUUCACUGAUCACACUAAAGGGUAACUGGCAUUGAAGCCUACCUUUUUCCCAGGCAGAACGGAAGACAUGGAAACUUUUAACAGGUUCUUUGGAACCGUGAACAGCCUGUUGGGUGAGUGAGUGGCCACCUCUUAGGUUUCUGAGGCAGUGCACUGGAAGGGUUACCUUCAGAGUUGCAGCUUUGAGAUUAGGUUGGCUAGAAGGGCAGGUGGUUUAUUCUAAUUAAACCUCCCAAGAGGGAGGGAAAUUGAGGGGCUUCACACCUCUAAAGUCAAAUCUGACCUGGUCUUUUCUAACUGGUCCCCUCCCAGGAAGCCUGGGAGUGACACUGGGGUGAGGAGCAGCAGGGGAUGCAGCAUGAAAUUGCGCCCCCCCGUGGCCGACGGGGUCUUUGCAGGCAGGUCAAGGAAAGGGUCCGCCUGCUCCAGGGGCUCUGAGUCGCCCACAACUUCACUGCUGAGGCCUCCCGGCAGCAGUGUGAGCCUGGUCUGCAUGUCCUCUGUGGGGAUCCCCAUGUAAGACCCUGAGGCCAUGGGCUACUUUUGGGGUUCCAUGGGCCCUGUGCCCUGCCUGUCACCAAACUGACAGCUGCCUUUUUAAUUUUUGUCUCUGCUACCCCUUUGGUCUUUGUGUAAAUAAAAUGUUAGAACUUCCUGGAAAGGCAGAGGCCAUUAGCGUGUCCCCUGGGAAGGCUCUCAGACGGUGGUCACAAUGUGCCUUGCAGCUGAGCACCACAGAGCAUGGGGAGAGGGGCCAGGGUCACAUUUCAGGGCCAAGUCAGAGACUUAGAGAGACGAUCCCAUCCCAAGCUGCUGUUGAGGCUGUGGGUGCCCUUCGAGUGUAACAGCUUAUGACUCCCAGAGGCUGAUGGAUUUCCUGAGUCCAGACAAAAUCUCCCCACGCCUGUCCUCUCUGUUGGAGACACAUGGUAAGAAAGAGAAAUCAGCCCUCUGCCAGCCUGAGCUGGACUCUGCGCCCUUUGCCAGACCCUUUGGACAAGCCCGAUCCUGGCAAACCCCCGCACGGCCUGCCCCCAAGAAACCCACCUGCCUGUCGGCCUGAACAGGCUUCUUGGGCUGAAAACCUUACUUCAGGGCGCACUGUGGUGCGGGAGCCCCCGUGGAACCUGCAUGUGCAACCUCGAGUUUCCAAGGUGAGUCCCCGGAGGGCAACUGGACAGUGGGUCCAGAAAGCCAACUGCGGGGUGCUGUGGCCUUUCUCUGGACCAGAGACAUCAGGGAGGGACAUGGUCUUAAGCAACUGAUCCACCGUGAACAAAUGGCUAUCAACUGCGGCCAGACGCACCCGGGUUUGGGGGCCAGCACUGGGAUCUGGAUCCUUCGUCAGGCUCCACAGAGUUCCGAGAAUAUGGCAAAGGGUCUGAAUGUCCUGACCAAAGAUGAGACGCCACAACACAAACGUCCCAGGCCCGGCAGCUCAGAGCUGGGAGUGUGUCCCCGCACCGCACUGUGGUGCUCGAGGAGAGCGGGUUUCCGUCUCUGAGACUCAGGAGGCAGUCCCCCUAAGUGCCAGAGGGACGCUUGCAGGACAGGGCUGGCCUGAGGUCUGCCUCGGGUACCCAGUGGGGGGGCAAAGAAGCCUCAGGAUCAGUGCGGGCCCCUUGUCUGUCCUGCCCCAUCAGCCCCUCCUUCCCGUGCCUCUUGUCACUGUGGCACACGCUUCCUCCGGGCAGGGCCGUGUGAGGGCGGGGCCUGGAUUCGGUCUAGUCAUGGACACUGGUCCUCCCAGGGGUGGACAGGGCAGGCAGCACCCGUGGCGGCAGGAGUGCUCUCUCCCCUACUGUCCAGUCCUUCCUGCCAGUCUGCUGGUCUCCUUGUCCCCACCAGGUUUCCCCUGUUGAGAUUUUAUUCAUAAAAUCACAAAGCUAUAAAGAAUCUCUGAAACCUACCAAACCAGAUAGUGGCUUCUUAGUUUUCCUUAAAAUGUCACCUUCUGCCCCUUUCCCCAAACCCCCACACCCCACCCUGU